AUGGAUGUGCGCUGCACAAUAUGCUCUCCACGGAUCUGCGGCGGGAUCGUCAGCCUCGCGAUUGCCAUACUCGUUAUACACUCACAGCUUUCCUUCAUCGCCGUCGGAUCAAAUCUCCCCCCCGGCGGCUGCGACACGUGCCGCCAGCUGCGCGGGCUGGAAGAUGCGGGGGUGAACGCGCGCAGCCUGCACCGGCACGCGGCGCUCGUCGGCAACUUCAAGGGGCUCUUCCUCAGCCAGCGCGGCAAGUUCAAGAACCACGCCAGAGGAUCCGGCCCCGUCAAUCUCGAGGUUUUCCAGGAAGUUGGUAACCACGUGGCUGUCGUCGACGGCGAAGCUGGCGAUACCCUUGAAAAGUGCUGCGCUGCAUGCAAGCGAACAGCCGGCUGCUACCAAUACCACUUCUUCCGCAGCAACCGGCUGCGCGACAACGUAAAUGUCCGCGGCUUCAUGAGCGGCGUGCAGUGCUACCUGCUCGCGAAAGACAGCGGCGCGGGUCACUCUGGCGAGUACCGGACACCUCUUAGCGGGGAUGUCAAGGAGCAGCGCUCCAUGUCGCCGUAUUUCCCGCUUAGCUGGCUCGGUGGGCUGUGCGACGGAAGCCGCGCAACAGCAACGCCUGGCGUGUCCGCUGCCGCUGGUAAUGAUUCUACAGGCGCACUGCCGCUUGCAACAUCGUCAGCACGGCGCCUUGGAAAACCAUCACGGGCGGCGUCUGCUGUGCUUCGGCGGAGAGCAGAGCGACCGCCGCCGCUGACCCCUCAAGGCCUGCUGAACGCGUCUUUCUGCCUCGUUUCCGACCGUAGAUUGCACAUCAACAUCAAGCUCCGUGAAUCUCCACCGCAGGCUGCUGGUGCUGACCUGGCGGAGGUGUCCAGUGAUGUGGCGUACGCUGCAGCCCCGACAUCCAACCCUGCCUUUGCCCAGAUGUCUACAGCAGCUGCUGCCGAUGCUGCUGCUGCUGCCAGGAAGGAAGCUGAAACGAGAGCAACAGCAGCUGUUGUAAGGGCUGCUCUUGCAAGCACUAGCGAUGAAGUGAGUGGUGUAGUGGAAGGAGGAGAGGGCGAUAGGGAGGGAGCACAGGCAGCUAUCCGGGAGAUUGGGUUUGUGUGGGUGGCCGAUGGGCUGCAUUCCCUUCGCAUGGCCGUAACACCCAAGGUAAACGCUGAGAACAGCAGGAAUAUCGCAGAUACUGCUGACAGUUUGUUGUCCCUUCUGGAGCUGGAUGGCGUGCCGCUGUCGGCCCCAAAAGCAGUGGGAGAUCGGGUGACUGGAUCAGGAGGGUUGGUACUUAGCAAAGUGGCAGAGGAGAGUGAGUGGCCUGUGAACAUGGUGAAGUACAGAGUGGAGAUUCAGGGGCUGAUGGUGGUGGAAGUACGCGCAAGCAUCGUGCGAGGCGAAGGGGAUGCGGGUGAAGGGCACCUAUCUGUGAAGCUGAUGAAGGUGAAGGUGUCUCCCACGGUCAAUGGACUUCUGGUUGCUGCGCUGCCAGAUAUGGCCCUUGCGGCUCGCCUAUCAUCCUCCAGCAUCGUAGCUGUUUCGACUACACUCCCAGCUGCUGCCGGAUCAGCUGGAUCGGCGCGUUCCGCAAAUCUUCUCGCAUCCUCGCGCGCUGAUUGGUCGCACGGCCUUAGCCUCCGAUCGUUGCCGUCAGUCGCUGCUAACGUGUCAAGAAGUCGAAGCAGCGUCAGCUCGAUCAAGUGUAUGGCGGAGGCGUCGCAAACGACUGCAGCCGCUGCGGUCUCGUCGCCAGCCACUGGCCUCCGCGUUUUCCGGCUCGCUGACCUGGCAGAGGAUGACGUGGCGCAGCUGCUCACCAGGCCGCGCAUAGACUUCACCUCCAUCUUCAGCACCGUGGGCCCGAUUGUGGAGGAUGUGAGGCAACGAGGUGAUGAGGCUGUUAAAGAGUACACGGAGAGGUUUGACCGAGUCAAACUGGAUGACGUGGUGGUCAGAGUGGCAGAAUUGCCUGAUCCUGAGCUGCCUGCUGACGUGGCAGCAGCGUUUGACGUGGCGUUCAGCAACAUCCACAAGUUCCACCUGGCACAGAUGCCGUCCAGCUCAUUCCAAGUGGAGACCAUGCCGGGCGUGGUGUGUGGGCGAGUGGCGAGGCCCAUAGAGCGGGUGGGGCUGUAUGUGCCCGGGGGUACCGCUGUGCUGCCGUCCACUGCUCUCAUGCUCGCUGUGCCGGCAGGCAUAGCAGGCUGCACCACUGUGGUGGUCGCCACUCCUCCCCGCCCGGAUGGUUCAAUCUGCCCGGAGGUGCUCUACUGCUGCAAGAAGGCCGGCGCCACUCACAUUCUCAAGGCGGGAGGGGCCCAGGCUGUUGCAGCUAUGGCAUGGGGCACAGCCACCUGUCCCAAGGUGGACAAGAUCUUUGGCCCGGGCAACCAGUACGUGACAGCAGCCAAGAUGGCGCUGCAGACCAGCGAGGCCAUGGUGUCAAUUGACAUGCCUGCCGGGCCCUCUGAAGUGCUCGUGAUUGCCGACGAGACGGCUUCUCCUUCCCACGUCGCUGCCGACCUGCUCUCCCAGGCGGAGCACGGGCCAGACAGUCAGGUGGUGCUGGUGGCGGUGGGCGAGGGGGUGAAUCUGGCAGCCAUUGAGGCCGAGGUGGAGCGCCAAAGGGGGGAGUUGCCUCGAGGGGACGUUGCUGCCAAGGCACUGAGCCACUCUUAUGUGGUGGUGGCUGCUGAUAUCAACGAGGCGUGUCUCUUCUCCAACCGCUACGCCCCCGAGCAUCUCAUCAUCAACGCUGCACAGGCUGUCGAUUGCCUGCCCCUCAUCCGCAACGCUGGGUCUGUCUUCCUGGGUCCAUGGACCCCAGAGAGUGUGGGAGACUACGCCAGUGGCACCAACCACGUGCUGCCCACUUACGGCUACGCGCGCAUGUACGGCGGUGUCUCGCUCGACGCCUUUUUCAAGCACAUCACCGUGCAGUCGCUCUCCGCCUCGGGCCUGCAGCUGCUGGGUCCCUCUGUGGCUAAGAUGGCCGAGGUUGAAGGGCUCGAGGCGCACAGGCGUGCGGUUACCCUACGGCUAGCGGAUAUCGAGGCUGCUUCCCAGUGA